AACGUACCUUGCUCGACCACGGUGGUACGAUUCUUGCAAAAGAGAUGUUCCACAGUUCAUCCACACGCGAUUUCAGACUAGCAUCAACAUGAGCGGAUUCACAACAAAGAACAUGUGCACUGCUCAGUGGUUUAAAGUAGCACACGUUUGAAAAAACUUGACAAAUAUUCGCUAAAUACUACGAACCCUUAUUGUCAUCCAAUGAAUAAAGUUGCAACCCGUUUAGCAAUGCGUCUUUGUUGUAGGCGAGGUUAGGUCAAGGGUCAAACUACUAGACAGAUACUCCCCCCUCUACCCCUGCAGCUGGGUGGGUGAGUAGUGAGUACAUCAUGUAACACAGUGCUGAAGUCCUCAUGCACACGCACAAAUGCAUCAGCUCCCGUUAAACUAUGUCCUCUGAACUUGAAACGGGUGACAACUCUGACGUCUAUUCAGUCGGGAUGUCCAAGUUGCGGGUGGCCGUGGUGGGUGCCGGGGCCGCCGGUCUGUGCGCGGCGCGACACAUCCUGGCCCGCCCGGCGCUCUACGACCCGCCGGUGGUCUACGAACUCACGGAGAACGUGGGCGGAACCUGGUGCUACGAGGAAAGGGUCGGUUGCUACGGCAACGGACAUCCCAUCCCCAGCAGUAUGUACAAGAACCUCAGGACGAACCUUCCCAAAGAGGUCAUGAUGUUCCCAGACUUCCCCUUCGACGAGCAGCUGCCCAGCUUCCUCCCCCACCAGGAAGUGCAGCGGUACUUGGAGCGCUACUCCCAGAGCCACCAGGUCACACCUCACAUCCAGUUUAGCACCGUGGUGGACGAGGUGAAGCCCAUCACCUUGGAGACGGAGGGGGCGGGGCCUAAGACUGUGUGGGAGGUGAAGUCAUCGGAUAAGGAAGGAUCCCAGAAAAUGGAACGCUUUGACUCAGUUUUUGUGUGCAGCGGGCACUAUUCAGACCCUUGCCUUCCAGACAUCCCGGGAAUGGAACACUUUAAAGGCACAGUGAUGCACAGCCACUCCUAUAGGGUUCCAGAACCGUACUCUGGUCAGUCUGUAGUGGUUCUGGGUGCCGGAGCGUCUGGGCUGGACAUCUCCAUGGAGCUGGCCGGGGCCAACGCGCAGGUGAUUCUGAGUCACGGGAAACCGCCGUUUACCUUCCCCCUGCCCCCCGGGCUUCGACAGGCCCCCCCCCUCACCAGGGUCAACGAAGACGGAACCUUCUCUUUCCAGGACGGCUCCGGCACCAGGGCCCAGGUGCUGCUGCUCUGCACCGGCUACAACUACACCUUCCCCUACCUGCGGGGGCCGGCGCUGGGCCUGGAGGUCCGGCGGGAGCUGGUGAGCCCCCUGUACCGCUUCCUCCUGCCCCCCGCCUUCCCCUCGCUCUUCAUCAUCGGCGUCUGCAAGCUCAUCCUGCCCUUCCCCCACUUCCACUGCCAGGUCCAGUUCGCCCUGCGGGUCCUGGAGGGGGCCGCCCCGCUGCCGCCCGGCCCCCAGAUGGAGGAGGAGGUGCGGGAGCACAUGGAGGCCCAGCGGAGCCUGGGGGUGCCCAGCAAGCACCUCCUGCGGCUCCAGAAGGAGCAGUGGGGGUACUGCCAGGACCUGGCCCGGGACGGGGAGUUCGCCCCCAUCCCGGCCGUCACCCGCAGCCUCUACGAGGAGGUGUGGAGGUGCAGGAACGUGCACCCGCAGGACUACCGCAAGGCCAACUACCGGCUGGCCAGUGACACCCAGUGGGUGCUGAAAGACUGACCCCCUCCCGUGCCCCUAGGUCUGGGCUAGAGGAGGGCAGUGUGUUGUGUGCGGGACGGUAGGAUUCAUAAUGAGGUGCUAAUGCUGGUGGGAUCCAUGACAGCAGAACUGUGAACAACAACUGUGAGCAAUCAAGAAGAAAAGAUGGGACGAUUUUAUACAAAUCAAACUGAGGAUUUUAUACAAUAUAAACGGAGGAUUUUAUACAAUAUACGAGUCCAGUUGACACAGAUAGGGUACAAAUAUACAAUGUCUUGUUUAUUUUGAUUUUAAAUAUCUCAUUGUGUUUUCUCAAAGGAUUUGAAUUUUCCAGUUACAUUUACUUUUAAUUAAAAGCUUUUUAAAUAACA